AUGUCGGUAAAUUUGUUUCGUAUGGGUGAACAAUAUAUUUCUCUUAGAGUGGGUGAUGGUGUUGAGCAAUUUUUAUUAAAUGUGAUAUAUGCUAAGUGUACAAGAGCUGAUAGAUGCAGAUUGUGGGAUGAACUUUGUGCUCAGUCUAUGGGCUUACAGCUGUGCAUGUAUGUGGGGGACUUCAACAUCAUUCGGAAUGAUUCCGAGAGAUGUGGGGGUAGGCCAAGGCUUCUUGGAGCCAUGGAGGAUUUUAAUAAUUGGAUUCAGCAGGGGGGUUUGAUUCAAAUGGCUUCAAAGGGAAGUGUCUUCUCUUGGUGUAAUGGGCAGCAUGGUCUUGCUCGCUCUUGGGCAUGGCUGGAUCAUGUUUUGAUUGAAGUAUCUUUUCUUUCGGUUUUUCCUAAUGCUAUUUGUUCUUAUUUGUCAAGAUCUACUUCGGAUCAUGCUCCUAUGUGUAUUGAGUUCAAGCAAGAUCUGUUUUCCUAUGGCCCUGCCCCUUUUAGGUUCCAACAGAUGUGGGUGGAACAUCAAAAUUUUCUGGAUUGUGUUCGGCAAGCUUGGGAAUCUCGAUCGGGUGGUUCAGCCAUUCAAAAUCUUAUUAUGAAGCUUAAACAGACUAAAGUUGCUUUGUGUGCUUGGAACAAAAGGGUUUUUGGGCAUACGGUGAGUCAUAUUGUUACCCUUGAGGAAAGGGUCGAGGAGCUUGAAUUAAAGCUUCAAUUACAUUGGGAAGAAGAUAUUGAUCGAGAGCUUCAGGGGGCUAUUUUAGAUUUAGCAAUUUGGAGGCAUCGGGAAGAAAUUAGAUUGUCUCAAAUGGCCAAGCUAAAAUGGAAAGUGGAUGGGGAUCGGAAUUCAAAAUUUUUUCAUGCUUGUUUAGCUAAUAAAAGGCGAAAGAGGGUUCUUGAGAUGUGUUCAAAUGAGGUGGUUUAUACGUCUCCAGAGUCUAUACAUCAAGGGGCGGUUGAUUAUUUUUCAAACUUCCUUCAGGGGGUGUCGCCAGUUGAGAAUCCAAACCUUGAGGGGCUUAUUGAUUCAGUUAUCUCUGGGGAGGAGAAUGCCUCUUUGGUUCGUGCGCCUUCCUUGGAUGAGGUUUUGAUGCUUUAUCUUCUAUUUCUGUUAAUAGUGCUCCUGGUCCUGAUGGUUUUGGCUCUGGGUUCUAUAAAAGCUAUUGGGAGGUAG